AUGGGUUGGCUCGACCGGAGUGAUACCACGGCCACACAGAUUACCGGCGUGAAACAACCACAGCGUUGUGUAUCGCCGCGAAUAGCACUAUUCAUCAGCGCCUUCAUCUGCACAGCCCAGGCCUUGCCUCCCUGCACGUGCACUAGGAACUACCUCCCCAUUUGCGGAUCAAACGGAGAGACGUACAGCAACCAAUGUCUUCUAGACUGCGCAAGGUACAACACCCACCAGGACAUCACCGUCGUCAAACAGGGACCUUGUGAGGGUGAACAGCAGGCUGUUGUGGUCGGAGAAACUUGCGUGUGCCCAUUCAACUACCUUCCCGUGUGCGGUUCUGAUGGCUCAACCUACCCCAACGAGUGCAGCCUGAACUGCAAGAAAGAGAACUUCCCAGGCCUUGCUCUGCGUCACGCUGGUCCCUGUGUCGAAGCCAAUGAAGCUUCCCCCUGUGUCUGUACCAGGGAAAAGAAGCCAGUCUGUGGUAGCAACGGCAACACCUACGCUAACGACUGCCUCCUGAACUGCGCCACCAUCAAGGACAACACCCUCAGCAUUGCCCACUACGGCCCCUGUGAAGACAAAGUCAAGGUCGUUGACCACAUCCAAUUCUUCUAA